AUGGAUAUAGAGGUAGAGGGUAGACCGCUGAAAGUUUGUAUGGACUGUGCGAAUAAGAAAGAGAAGAGAAAAAAUGGUUGCUGCACAUGCGCCGGUGCUGGGGCCCACAGUGCGGGCCAGGCGAGUCUACCUCUGAUCUGCUUGGUGCCCCGCGAUGGAACGGAACACGAUGCGAGACCACAACGCGCAGGAGCACCAAGCCAACACAAAAGUGACUUCCAACUCUUAGAUGAAGACUACAUUAAGAAGAACUUCAAACUGCCCCCACGAUCUCUGUAUCUGGACCCGUUUAGACGGCCUUUAAUCACAUUUCCGAUGACCCAAGAAGAUGUGAAACAUUUCAAUUUGGCUCGCAAAUACAAAAUUAAUCAACAGAUAUUAGAUGGAUUCCUGGACCCGAGCGAGGCAAUAUCCGCGCCCAGUGUGUUUCCUUAUGCAAAUACCGAAUCUAAAAAACGUAAAGAAUCAGAAGAGGAUGAAGAAAUUAUAUACAUUUUGCAAUUGCCAGACUGGGAGUUUAAAUGUCCCGUUCACAAUCAAACCGUCAGAACGCCAAGGUUCAUUUGGCAUUCCUGUAAAAAAUCAAAAAAAGCAAAAGGAGGUGAAUUGAAACGAGGAGGUGGACCUUUGAACAAACCAAAACCGUGGCUUCUAAGUAGACACACAGACUUCGAUUUACUGUCCCAAUGG